AUGGCUAGUUCAUUACGAUUCCAUCUUCCUCUUUCUCAAACUGCUAAUCGUGAAGAAGAGCCUCCAAUAACUCAUGACGCUUUCAUACAGCCCCGGCUCCAUCGAGCCAUAGGGUCAGUGGCAAAAAGAGUUUUAAUAAAUAGUGCCAUUGAGUCCGAUAAUUUCACCACCUUAAAUGAACUGUUUGAUUCAACUCUACGAACAUUAGAAUCCCAAAUGAUGGCCAAAAGCAAUACCUAUUCUCAGUUACGCGAAAGUAUUGAGGAGAAGAUUGAAUUGAUCAAUUCCAGAUUUGACAAUGAGUAUGAGAUGAUAGAUUCCCUGAUGCUCAAAAAGCUACAGGAAGAUAGGGAUUUUCAAAGUUCAAAGCUCCAACAACUCGAAGUGAAUAUAGUGCUAUUAUUGCAUUUUAGAGCAGCGGUGGAUUUGUGCAAGCUCAAAAUAAAUAGAGUCGAAUUGAAAUCAAACAUUGAGAAAAAAUAUCGAGAUAUGAAAUUCGAGGACUUAGAAACCAAUGAUGUUGAUAAGAAUACUUUGAGUCACUUGACUCAACAAGAAAAUCGAUCGCGAAAUCGCCAUGCUUUUGUAAUGGAUGAUGAAAAUUCAAUGGCUGGAUCGUCAAUAUUAUUCAUGCGACCGUCCCAUGGACAAAAGAGAAUUUAUGACAGAGUUUGGGUUGAUGCAGAUGAUAAGCUUAAAAUAGCAAGGACUGUUAGAAGAAAAAUUGUGGCUGAUAGAAAGAAGAGGAAUCCUUGGUUUUCCAAAAAUGUUGUUAAAGAUAAGAAAGAUAUGCUAUUGAUAUCUCAUGAAAAUGGUUUGAACAUAUUCCAAGAUCAUCAUUGCUUAUAUUGCUCGUUAAAACAGAAAUAUUCGGCAAAUCUUGAUAGCGUACUGUCGUUUUAUAAUGAACGGAUUUCUGCAGGCAGAUUGUACGACGAAUUGCCAAUGACAAAGAGUGCGAUUUCUAGUAAUGAGUUUGUUCCCUCAGUCAAUGCUCUCAAUGAUCACUUCAAGUUUUCAAAAACCAGAGCAACCAAUUUAUUAUUAAGAAAUGGUUUGCAAUUUUCAUUAGAUGCGAGUAAACUAGAGAGUGAUAUAGGGUUGAAGAUAUUAUUUGAGUAUUUGUAUCCAAUUCAUAAUGAUUCAAAAGAAAUUGCAUUCAAAAAAUUCAUUCAAAAACUUUCAUUGAAUUUUACCAUUGGUGGAAGUGAUGGAAUUUCUCCUAAAUUUCUUCAGGGGAAGCUUCGUUGUAAUUUUCAACUUUACAAGUUUUGGCUAUUCAACAAUUUCAAUUUUUUGGAAGAGUUAAAACAGAUGAAGUUGGGGAAGUUUUCCAAAGCUUCAGAAAUUCUCAAAUUUGAAAACGAUAGUACUUUACAAGAUGAUAUUGAUGAGUUGCAAUUUAAUGUUAAAGUGAUAAAUUUUGAAGAAAUUGGUUUGAUUGAUAUUGAAUCAGCUGAUGGAGACAGCUGUUCCGAAAAUAAUGUUCCAUCAGAAGCUACACUCUCAAUAAAUGAUUCUACGAAGCACAAAUGCUUGAAUGUUGAUAGCUUUGAAGAAUUCAUCAAUAUUGUUUUGAAUAGUAAUGAGCUUAUGAGAAAUAAUGAUGAAUACAGGCACAUUAGUUCCGGUAAGAUUAGGAAAUGGAAGCAAUUACGUCCAUUUGAUAACAUUUCCACCUAUUUUCAAUUCUUACGGAUUAUGCUCUGUAAUAAUUGUCUCAAAUUUUUGCAAGAGAAUUUCACUCUAUUAGAAUGGUCACUAUUGGAUAUCAACAACAAAUUUUCCAAUUAUUCGAAUAACAAACGGUCAAGAAACUUCGAUGAAGACAAGUAUUUCGGUGACCACAUUUUUUUCAAUAAUUCCGAGUUCCUGGAUGAACAUAAGUACAAUUAUCAUGAGCUUGUUAAAUUUGGAUCUUUUAGUGCUGAUGAAUUUAUCAAUCAGCUAUCCAAGGUGAAACUUCUUGUGAUCAUAAACAAACAUACCAAUGAGGUGGAUACUAUUAAAUACAAGCCUUUCCCAGUUGAUUGCACUAGCAAUCAACUCAUGGAGGACUAUACCUCGAUAAUAGAGAAAUUCCCUUGUUUGAUACAGGGUCCGCAGACGUCAAGCAAUUUUAGUUUCUGCUGA